UCCUCCUUCGUACUUCCUCUGAAGUGACAACAUGGCGAGUGUCCGUGCUGCAUCCCGUAUUCUCUCCCGGAGGGCAUUAUCUAAAACAAAAGCACUCCCAGGUGCUGCAGUCCAGUGCUCCAGGAACUUUCACUUCUCCAUCUAUGGCAAGAAGAAUAAUGCCAAAGUAUCAGACGAUAUCUCUACCCAGUACCCAGUUGUGGAUCAUGAGUUUGAUGCUGUGGUGGUAGGAGCUGGAGGGGCAGGUCUUAGAGCCGCUUUCGGCCUGUCAGAGGCUGGCUUCAAUACUGCCUGUGUUACCAAGCUCUUCCCCACCAGGUCUCAUACUGUCGCUGCACAGGGUGGGAUCAAUGCAGCUCUGGGGAACAUGGAGCAGGACGACUGGAGGUGGCAUUUCUAUGACACAGUGAAAGGAUCUGAUUGGCUGGGGGACCAGGAUGCUAUUCAUUACAUGACCGAGCAGGCUCCUGCAGCCGUAGUGGAGCUGGAGAACUUUGGCAUGCCUUUCAGCCGCACUGAAGAAGGGAAGAUCUAUCAGAGGGCCUUUGGAGGUCAGAGUCUUAAGUAUGGAAAAGGUGGCCAGGCUCACCGCUGCUGCUGUGUAGCAGACAGGACAGGGCACUCCCUGCUGCAUACACUUUAUGGACGGUCACUAAGGUAUGACACCAGCUACUUUGUGGAGUACUUUGCCCUGGACCUGCUCAUGGAAAAUGGAGAGUGCAAAGGAGUGAUUGCUCUAUGCAUGGAGGACGGAUCUAUUCACCGCUUCAGAGCUCAGAAUACUGUCAUUGCUACUGGGGGUUACGGAAGAACCUAUUUCAGCUGCACAUCUGCCCACACCAGUACAGGAGAUGGAAAUGCAAUGGUGACCAGAGCUGGCCUGCCUUGUCAGGAUCUGGAGUUUGUACAGUUCCAUCCCACUGGGAUCUAUGGAGCUGGUUGCCUGAUCACAGAGGGUUGCCGUGGUGAAGGUGGGAUCCUGAUCAAUAGUGAGGGAGAACGCUUCAUGGAGCGCUAUGCACCCAACGCCAAAGACCUGGCCUCCAGAGACGUUGUGUCCCGCUCCAUGACCAUAGAGAUCAGAGAGGGCAGGGGUGUCGGUCCCGAGAAAGACCAUGUGUACCUGCAGCUUCACCACCUGCCUCCUCAGCAGCUGGCCUCACGACUGCCUGGCAUCUCGGAAACCGCCAUGAUCUUCGCUGGAGUUGACGUCACUAAGGAGCCCAUUCCUGUCCUGCCCACUGUUCACUAUAACAUGGGUGGAACCCCCACAAACUACAAGGGUCAGGUGAUUACACACUCUAAUGGAAAAGACAAGGUGGUUCCUGGUCUUUAUGCCUGUGGUGAGGCAGCUUGUGCCAGUGUCCACGGUGCAAACAGACUGGGUGCCAACUCCCUGCUGGAUCUGGUUGUGUUCGGCAGAGCCUGCGCCCUCACUAUUGCAGAGGAACACAAACCUGGAGAGAAACUGUCCCCUCUGAAGUCAAAUGCAGGAGAGGAGUCAGUUGCAAACCUGGACAAGCUUCGGUUUGCCAACGGAAACCUGAGAACUUCUGAGAUCAGGCUCAACAUGCAGAAGACCAUGCAGGCUCAUGCUGCAGUGUUCCGUACUGGCUCUGUUCUGAAGGAGGGAUGUGAUAAGAUGGAUGCCAUUUAUCAGACUAUGGAUGACCUCAAGACCUUUGACAGAGGCAUCGUGUGGAACACGGAUCUGGUUGAAACCUUGGAGCUGCAGAAUCUGAUGCUGAAUGCUGUUCAGACCAUCCACAGUGCUGAGCAGAGAAAGGAGAGCAGGGGAGCUCACGCUAGAGAAGACUUCAAGGACCGUGUUGAUGAGUAUGACUACUCAAAGCCUGUGCAGGGUCAGGAGAAGAAGCCAUUCGAUCAGCAUUGGAGGAAACACACUAUGUCCUAUGUGGACCCAAAGACUGGCAAGGUAACUCUGGAAUACCGUCCUGUAAUCGACACCUCCCUGGAUGAACAGGACUGCGCUCACGUCCCUCCUGCAAUUCGCUCUUACUAAAAAAAGAGAGAGAAAAGUCUUCCUCUCCAUCUCUUCUUCAUUAGUGAAUUCUCAUUUUUCUGUUCAAAAAACAUGUAAAUCCUGCAAAGGAGAUGCCAUUUUGGGACAGAUUCUGCUUUUGGUUGCACAUAUGUAUGCAUUGAGAAAAGUUAAAUACAGCAUUGUCUUGUCAACUUCAUCCCUCUGUGUCCCUUUCCUGCUCCUCUCCUUUUGUCCGGGUGUAAUCUGUGUGCAGCAUAUAAUGCCAACAUGCUAUGUCAGCUGGUUUUGUGUAUUUAUUAUAAAACACUCAAGACAAGUGGCUGACAAGAGUUUUCAGCCUCCAGGUCAUGAUCCCGUAGUGAAAACGAUUAGAAUGAAGUAUGUAAAUAUUGCCUAAAUGUACAAUAAACAUGGCACGUGAUACUGUAUGUAUAUGUUAAAGUAAUAACUUGUCUUUUCUCACUAUGGCCUUCAGUGUAAUAUACGUAUUUACGUGGUCCAAAUCGUAAAAUACAACAAUUGAUUGGUGUUAAUCAGGUUAAGCUCCGCUGUUGUUCUUGCAAACCAAAUUAAGCAUUUUGAAUCUAUUGUAGCCAUGUGGUGUUGAUACAGUAACAUCUCUAUACAUUACAUUUUUCUUGUCUUUCUGGUAGUUAAAAUUCAGUCAUGUGCUCGGAGCUGUUAAAAUUAUGUGUGUUCUUCUCGGGGUGAACUGAAUAAUUCCAAACAUCAGUUCCAGCUCAAAAUGAGCGGUGUAAUAUGAGCAGUUUCCUUAUACUGUAUGACACAUCCUACACGUCCACUACAACCACAUGCUGCGCUUCCUGUACUAACCACUCACUAUUUCACCACUUUCAAGAAUAAAUGUGUUGAAUUUC